UCCCAGCAUCCUCUGCACUCGGUUCCUCUGUAACUUAGACUCCAGUGUGCCGCGCAGUGUGCGCAAAUUCACAAACCCGCCCGCUGAGUUGGUGGUUUCGGAAUCCCGAGACUUGAAACCCAGCGGGAAGACCCUUCUCACCGUCAAAAGAAGAUGACAGCCCGCAGAGAGUUAACUUCUGUUUACAUGGAACUCAGACAUCUUCUGCAAAUCAUGAUUUCAAGGCCAGAGAAUGGCAGGGGAACAGAAACCCUCAAGUAACCUCCUGGAGCAGUUUAUUUUAUUAGCCAAAGGUACCAGUGGCUCAGCCCUCACUGCUCUCAUAAGCCAGGUCUUAGAGGCUCCUGGAGUGUAUGUCUUUGGAGAACUUCUGGAGCUGGCCAACGUGCAGGAGCUUGCGGAAGGAGCUAAUGCUGCUUAUUUGCAGUUGUUGAACCUGUUUGCCUAUGGGACAUACCCAGAUUACAUAGCCAACAAGGAGAGCCUGCCAGAACUGAGCACAGCUCAGCAGAACAAGCUGAAGCAUCUUACCAUCGUGAGCUUGGCAUCAAGAAUGAAGUGUAUCCCCUACUCCGUGUUGCUGAAAGACCUGGAAAUGCGGAAUCUUCGGGAACUAGAAGACCUCAUCAUUGAGGCUGUCUACACUGACAUCAUCCAGGGCAAGCUGGACCAGCGAAACCAGCUGCUGGAAGUGGAUUUCUGCAUUGGCCGUGACAUCCGAAAGAAGGAUAUCAAUAAUAUUGUCAAGACCCUGCAUGAAUGGUGUGAUGGCUGUGAAGCAGUUCUGCUGGGCAUCGAGCAGCAAGUUCUGAGAGCCAACCAGUACAAAGAGAACCAUAACCGAACUCAGCAGCAGGUAGAAGCAGAGGUUACCAACAUCAAGAAGACACUCAAAGCCACCGCAUCCUCCUCGGCUCAGGAGAUGGAGCAGCAGCUGGCUGAACGGGAGUGUCCGCCUCACGCUGAGCAGAGGCAGCCCACCAAGAAGAUGUCCAAAGUGAAAGGUCUGGUCUCCAGCCGCCACUAGGGCCGGCUGGGGCAGCUGGCACUCACCAGGCCUGGGUCAGGUGGGGAGGGGACACCAAGGGCCCAUUUCCUCCCCUCUCUACCUACAGUGAGUUCCAGACCUGCCCGUCCCCUCACCAGCGCCUCCCCACCCUGUGGUACUGUUCCAGAAAAACUGUUAACUCCCCCUCACCCACUCCCUCCUUCCCCAGUUGUUCCCUUCAGACUCAGGGGCUCCACCGAUGCCAUCCCAACAGGGUCAGACACUGCCCAGCUUCCCUCCAGGAGGUUCUUGUCUCUGUGUAAGGGCUUGUGUCCCUCCCAGUUUUUCUUUUGCUCCAUGUCAUUUUGUCAGGCUGGUUAUAAGCCGGAGGCAGCUUUAACCAGCCCCCAGGGAUGAUUGUGAAGGAGGCCCCUCCCCUUGUGAGGAGGGGGCGCUCCUCUUCAGCCCCUCGUACCACAGUCCUCACGAUGGUGCAGCGAUCUCUAGCCAGGCGUCAAGAUGCGCUGCUUUCCCUCUCUUGCCUCAUCCCUUGUUGGCAGCUCCAGUUCAGGCCGUGGAGGGACGUGAUGCUGGGCUAUGUUUACUAAACCCACGGGUUUUCAGCCUCUUAAGCCCAGCUCCGAUCUCCAAUUAGUUGGGAGCGCUGGGUUGACUAACCUCUGGUAUCUGAGCACAGACAGAGGGUGCUGUGGGUCUGCUGGGUGGCAGAAAUGGUUCCUUCCAGCGUGGCGUUCUCUUCUGGCCGCUCCUCCUGCUGCCUCUGACUACUCAGCCUUGUUUUCGGUGUGUAGGCCCCAGCUGCCCACUGGAACUGCCGGCUAAUGCUUGCUCUCCCGAGAUCUUUAACUCCUCCUGGCUGCACCUGGGUAGGGAUGGUGGCACCGAUGCCCCUCUGUCUGCUGAAGGACCUGUUGCUGCUUCUGUCUUUUCACCCCUCCUUGGCUGAUGACCCAGAGUCCUCUGAUGAUGGCAUUCUCCUGGCAAGAGAAAAGGACUUAACUAGACUUCUGAACUUGAACAGUUUCAGGUUAUAUUUUAAUUUUUUUUUUUGUACAGGUUCCGAUUCUAAUACAUUUCAACAUGGUUUUGUCCCUCCUCGUGUCAAUAUUUGUUAUAGACUAAUCGCCGGGGAUUUUUCACAUGGUUGGAGGGUGGUGCGUGCGCGCGCGCGCGCGCGUGUGUGUGUGUGUGUGUGUGUGUGUGUGUGUAUGUGUAAGGGGAGGUGGAGAUCCUGGACUGAUAUUAAAGUUCAUUGAGGAAAAAGCACAUUUUACAACAAACAAAGUGUAGAUUUAAUGUAUGUGACUGGGGUUUGGGGUGCAUAAGAUCUUGAAGGGCUGGGAUUAGGGUGGUUCAGGAAAAAGUGAUACUGUUUCCCCGUGUUUAGCCAUGGUCAAACAAUGGAUUUCUCCUUUUUCUAAAAUGUCCAGCAACUGCCUACUGUUGAUCAAAUGUUGAAGUAUUCUUGUUUCCUUUUUAAGCCAAUCCAUGUGCCCAUAUAACAUUAUGCCCAAGUGGAGAGUUCACUUUAAUUUCCAAAAUAUGUUUCAUGAAACCCCCUGUCAGAUACUCUGUGGAAAAGGGGUUCUGUUAUGAAAUAAAUGUGGCACUUCCUGC